AUGCCACCUGCUCCCUCUCCUAACGCUUCCAACUUCCAUCAACCCUUUAUAUCAGCCCUGGACUCCGCUGCACCAAUCAACGCGCAAGAUGACCCGAAUUACUACUCGCGGUAUCCGCGCUCACUCAUCUCCUCCUCCAACCUUGACACGUUCGUGACCGGCACCGGCUCUGCCGUUUACGAGUCUCUGCUACCUCUUCUUGAAAUAUGGAUGAACAAGUUGGGCUUGCCUGAUCCGAAAGAGCUGGGUGGUCUCGACCUCAAGAUAAAGAGCGUCUUCAUCUUGCCUUUCAGCGUCAUGCAUCCGAAGUUCAUCAUCGUCGAUCGGAAGAAUGUUAUCCUACCGAGCUGCAACAUCAGCUGGGAAGAGUGGUUCGAGGGCGCAGCAUUGAUGAGCGGACCCGUCGUAGAGCAAUUCCUCCAAUUCUACUUUAAUUUUUGGGAACGCAAACAAGAAGUGCCGGCAGUGAAUUGGAACACUGCAUCGCACGACGAAAAUGGAACACAUGAGAACACCCCAAGAACGACCUCACUCAAAUCGAAAGCCGAUCUGACUGCCAGCAAUGUUCCUACGAUUUUCUUGCCGAGUCCACAUAGGCGCAAUCCGCGACUGAAUCCGUUCUCAAGUACAGACAAUAUGCUCGCACCACCUACUCCACUCAACACUUUCAUACUCACACUCUUCGCGCGAGCCGAGCGCAGCAUCAGAAUCCAAACGCCGAACGUCACCGCUCCUCCCGUCCUUUCUGCCGUUCUGGCAGCACUGGCACGAGGCAUCGAUGUGCAAAUUCUGACAUCCGAACGACUCAUGAUCUUAGAGCAGCUCGUCACCGCAGGCACCACAACAUCGCGUUGCAUCAACAAACUCAUCAAACGGUACGAAAAUCUCCAGUCGCGCCGACCCAUGAGCGACGAAGAAGCAGCCAUCGCUCCAUCAACGCCAGGCCGCUUGCAGAUUUCGUUUUUCGAUCCGAUUGGUGGGCCGAAAGGAAGAGGGAGGGAGGGCGGCGAGCCACAGCAGAGUCAUCUCAAGAUGACAAUUGUGGACGAUGAGGUUGUCGUGCUGGGCUCGGGGAAUCUGGAUCGCGCAAGUUGGUAUACUAGUCAGGAGCUGGGUGUUGCGUUCUUUGAUAAAGAUUUGGUGAAGAAGAUCGGUGGAGCGGUUGAUGAAGGUAUGGGAGGGAGGAGUAGGGCUGUGUUUGACAGCGAGAGAACAUGA